GCCUGACCAUUGCAGGGAGCCCCAUAGGUGUUGUGAGAACACCUACUCAGGCCACUCAGGCUGCGCGCUUCGUUGUUUUCGCGUGCGUGCGUAGCGCUGCGGCGAUGAGCGCGCAGGCAUGGCCCGUGGCGUGGCUCUGCUUUGCGCGCUUGUCGGGUUCGUGCUUGUUGUGGCGGCGUACCUGUUUCCGAGGCUGCCCGGCCACCACGCGAAUGUCGGAAUCAGCCGCGCGGGUCUGGGACCUCCGCGGUACGUGACGCGCGAGGGCCGGCCCAGCAAGCUCUCGUUCGAAGACAUGCUGCGUGACGAUUUCGAGUUCGACAUGCUCGGUUCGGACGUCAUGGUGUUCCUACACAUCCAGAAGACGGGCGGCACCGUGUUCGGCCGGCAUCUUGUGCGCGACCUCGCGCUGGAGCGGCCCUGCCAGUGCCUGCGCGGCCGCAAGCGUUGUCGAUGCGCCCGUCCCUCGUCGGCGGCGACGGGCGGCCAGCGCUCGUGGCUCUUCAGCCGCUACUCGACGGGCUGGAAGUGCGGACUGCACGCCGACUGGACGGAGCUGACAGCCUGCGUCGACCGAGCCAUGGAUCGCGCCGAGAAGGCGCCUGCCAAGCGCCGGUACUUUUACGUGACACUCCUGCGGGAACCUGUGGCCCGGUUCCUGAGUGAGUUCCGGCAUGUGCAACGUGGCGCCACCUGGCGAGGCUCCCGCCACUUGUGUGGAGGCCGUGCCCCCACUGCCAACGAGCUGCCCCUCUGCUUCAAUGGUUCAGACUGGCGAGAUGUCACAUUCCAGGAGUUCAUGGCGUGCCCCUGGAACCUGGCUGUGAACCGUCAGACACGCAUGCUGGCCGACCUGACCCUCGUGGGCUGCUACAACAGGUCGGGCAUGAGCGAGCGCAAGCAUGACCUGCUGCUGCUGGCCAGUGCACGAGAGAACUUACGCCGCACAGCGUUCUUUGGCUUAACUGAGGAGCAGCGCCGCUCACAGCAGCUAUUCGAGGCCACGUUUGGCCUACGCUUCGUGCGCCCCUUUGAGCAGCUCAACGAAACACGCAGUACUGCUGCCCAGGGGCGUGUGCCAUCUGAAGACCUUGAGGCUGUGCGCAGGGACACUGUGGCUGAGACGUUGCCAAUGGCCCGGCCCUCAAGAGAAGUUGCUGGGUCUGGCUCUCUGAGCUGACUCGGCGUGGCAUGUCCCCUACCAUGGCAGUGACAAGUGCACGGUAGCAGCUCAAGUGCCAGCACAGCACAGUGUGGUUGCAGCAGUACAAAGAGGGAUGGCUACUCCACAUCAGGGAGUAGGGAACUUGAGGAAGGAAGGAAGCACGUGAUGACUGUCGCAGUGUGUGUGGAAUGUAAACAGUGGGCAUGUCAUUUCUGCCAACGCUCUUGAAAACAUUGGGAGUGCUGCCAACCAGUGUAGAUCGUGUCCGUAAGGGAAGAGGCAUUGCUACAGCUACAUCCUGUAUGGCUGUCUGUAUGCCUAUUCGUUGCACCUGCAUGGAGGCGAGAUGACUGCAGUUUCCCAAUGUGGCUUCCUUGUGGGACCACUGUAGAGAGUGAUCGUCCAGGGUUCGACAGCUUCUGUGCCACAAUGUUGUGAAGUGAAAUGCUUGUCCCCCACCUCGCCAACAUAUAUAUUAUAUGCAUAUUUUUUACUUAGCUUACCCCUUAGACGUCAGUGCAUGAUUGAAGGAUAUGCUAUGCAACAUUUAAAUGCAGGCAUGUGACAUGCCAUACUAGUCUGCUACUCAAAUAUAAAACACAGUCAUUUAUAUAAUUGUUUGUUACUGAAGCAAUUUCACCAGAUUAUGCAUCAAGAAUGAGCCCUGCAUGUAAGCCAGCAUUUAUUGAACAUGAAGUACCAUAAAGCCAUUUUGUUUUAUGGCCAUUUAUUUUUCAUGAUUGAAAAGGUAGUAAGAUUGGAGGGCACUAAAAAAUUUGAGCAACCAAUUCUAAGAAAGUGCGUUCCAAACCAAGAGCCUUAUUUGCCUUAAUUCUUUGGGUGUUGAAAGAUCUGUCCAUUGUAAGAUAUUGAACACAAACUUGCAGAAUUGAGCAACUUAGCUUUUUGCUGAUAUGCACAAUCAUGUUUGCUCAUCAGUCAUGAAACUGAAUAUUAACGCCAGAACACUAGAAAUUAGGAAUUUACCAUCUAUGUUGUAAACACACAACUUAAGUUUAUGGUUCAUUUUUUGGAAAUUAACAGCGCAAAACAGACAAGGAUGAAGGAAAAGAAGAACACUACACUGGCGCUGACUCACAAUUAUAUGUAGGGUCGAGGGUGGCCCCAGCCUUAAGCCAUAUUUUCCUAUGUCGAGUUGACUAUUGUGUUGCCAGUAAUUUAAGAAGUUUGGGCCUUAAUGUCUUUAGGUAUGUUGAUUUCUUGAUCAUCACAGAAAGAGAGAACCUAAAUAGUAAAGUAGCUGUUGUUUUAAAGAUUUUUCAGGAAUGCGAUAAAGAUUUAAAAUUUAUUUUUGAUUUGCCUGCCGAAGAUGAGAUUCAAUUCCUGGAUAUUAAAAUGAGGUUUCGGGAGGACCAUUUGUGCUGGGUAUAUAAGCCUCGUUCAUCAAAGGCGCUUUUAAAUUUUUCCUCAGGACACUAAAACAUAUUAAAAACCGGUAUUGUUUAUGCCACACUGCACGUGGUGUUUCAGAAGACAUGUGAGCAUUCGUUGAAGGAGGGUUUGCUUGCCCAGAUUCAGAGAUUACAGAAUGCUGGUUUCCCGGAAAGUGAAAUCUUGAGGGCCUGUCAUAAUCUUAAGUGGGUAAAGGAUACUAAUAAGGUAAAGGGAAAAUCAAGGGAUUCCACGCGCAAUGAAAAAAGAAAGGCCAGUGAUGGUGCCAUAUUUGCUCAAGUUUUCACAUUGCUUGAAUGUGGCUAGUAGGUAUGCGGUGCGUAUGGUCAUGUCUGCUCCCAGCAAACUUGGUACGAUUUGUUCUCGUUUGCAAAAAAAAUUAUUGGGCUAUGGCAAGGAAUGCAGUUUCUGUUCCGAGAAGUUAAAAAAUAGUUAUGUUAUACGUAGAUAUUCCAUUGUGUACAGGUUGCCCCUGUCAUGCAGAAAGGUUUAUGUGGGCCAGACCGGCCGCAGCUUGAACAUUGGAUUAAAGGAGCACUUGCCAUCAGUAAAAGGUACAGGGGAUUUGCACUUGCCUUUGCAUUGUAAAGAGUGUGGGUGCCGACCGUUAGCGGAAAAAACAGUUUGUUUGUUCUGGCAUAAAGAUCGAACCACAAGGGAGAUUAUGGAAGAUUUUCAUAUUGAUAGGGAAGGGGAAAGGUGCAUCAGUAGACAGUCUGUCAUAUUCGGUUAAACAGAAUUGAGAUAUUCGGAAGAAAGUGUUUCACAGUAGGUUGUUAAGUUUGAUAGGGAAGUUUUCUAUUGGGUUUAUGGUUUGUUUAUGUUUUGACGCACUGGUUUUAUUCCCAUAAUGACUCUCUGAUGUUUCCACGCGUGUUUCGACAAGUCACCAGGAUGGCUCCUAAUGUGCAUGCACAGUUGCUGAGUAAGUUGACAGGUUGGCCUGCAUACAUGCAGGGGACUUUCCUCAAAGUAAACUUCAGUUGUGAGUCAGCGCCAGUGCCGUGCUCUUCUUUGCCUCUGUCCUUGUCUGUUUUGUGCCAUUAAUUUCCGAAACACGAAUCACCACCCACUGGCCCAAGUUUCUCUUCUAGUUAAGUUUCUGGAGCCUUUUGUCAAUUCUGUAUGAAAAGAAUAUUUAGUUUCAGCUAAUCAAUUUUAUUAUUAUUAGUCAUUAUUACAAUUACAAAGGAAAUGUAAUAUAGAAGAAGGUCCCAAAGUAAAAGCUGUCAGGGGGACCUCCUGUAAUAACAUGCAUAAAAAUGUGGAAUAUACAAUUAGCAACGAAUGUAAGAAUAGUGGGGAAAUACAAAUCAACAUAUUAGAAGUAAUUAAUCAAAUAUCUGAAGCAAGACUGCGAGUCGGCCUAGUUGGAACAAAUUCAUCUUAAAACUUAUUGUGCGCAACAAACAGGGACGAUGAAUAGAAGAAACACAAGGACGAGCGCUUUCUAACAACUGGUUUUUAUUUUUGAAGAACCACCUGCUUAUAUCCCCACAGAUCUGCGCAAUCAAGUCAAACAUAGCAGGCCUAUAGCGCAUAUAAUACACACAGAUCUGCGCGAUCAAGUCAAAAGAGCACAUCUACAGUACAUAUACCACUUGUGAUAAAAAACAAAGACGUGGAACAAAGCCACCCGGUCAACAUAAGAACAGCAAGGUGCGUGAAACAUCCACUUACGAUAAAAUGCGUUAAAGAUGUGAUGAUAAUACACACAGAUCUGCGCGAUCAAGUCAAAAGAGCACAUCUACAGUACAUAUACCACUUGUGAUAAAAAACAAAGACGUGGAACAAAGCCACCCAGUCAACAUAAGAACAGCAAGGUGCAUGAAACAUCCACUUACGAUAAAAUGCGUUAAAGAUGUGAUGAUAAUACACACAGAUCUGCGCGAUCAAGUCAAAAGAGCACAUCUACAGUACAUAUACCACUUGUGAUAAAAAACAAAGACGUGGAACAAAGCGACCCGGUCAACAUAAGAACAGCAAGGUGCAUGAAACAUCCACUUAUGAUAAAAUGCGUUAAAGAUUUGAUGAUAUCAUCACAUCUUUAUCGCAUUUUAUCAUAAGUGGAUGUUUCAUGCACCUUGCUGUUCUUAUGUUGACCGGGUGGCUUUGUUCCACGUCUUUGUUUUUUAUCACAAGGGGUAUAUGUACUGUAGAUGUGCUCUUUUGACUUGAUCGCGCAGAUCUGUGUGUAUUAUAUGCGCUAUAGGCCUGCUAUGUUUGACUUGAUUGCGCAGAUCUGUGGGGAUAUAAGCAGGUGGUUCUUCAAAAAUAAAAACCAGUUGUUAGAAAGCGCUCGUCCUUGUGUUUCUUCUAUUCAUCGUCCCUGUUUGUUGCGCACAAUAAGUUUUAAGAUAACCAAAUAUCUGGUAGUUGAAGAUCACACAGAAAUGAGCAAGAACAAUUCGAUAUUGAAAUACACUUGAAAGUAUGAACGUUACAGUAAUUGAAUAGGAAUAUAAUGAUUAUACAACAUUAACAGUGCGGAAUCCGACAAUGCAACAAAAUUAAUUUAUAAACAGCUAAUAAUCUAUGAACAUAAACCAAGAAAAACAAUAAAGCACGGCUGCACAGUAAUAAUUGUAUACACAGAUGCAUGCACGCACACGCACAUACAUGCACACACACACACAUUAUUUUUAUAUAUAUAUAUAUUUGUGGCGGUGAAAAAAGCACACUGGCUUCAUUAUUAUAGUACAAAACAGUAAACACGGCGUACGUGAAAACACAUUCUUUUUUUACUGUUUUCAGCUGGUAGGCCAGCCUUAAAAUAGUCGCAUUGAUGAAGGCUGGCCCACCAGCCGAAACAUUUGACAGUAAAAAAGAACAUGUUUUCACGUACGUCGUGCUUAUUCUUUUGUGCUUUAUAUAUAUCUAUAGCUAUGGCUGAGGAAAUCACACUGGCCCCGGUAGUAAAAUGAAGAAGAGUACGAUGUACGUUCAAUAAGCACAGUAUAUUUGACUGACGUUUCGGCUGGUGGACCAGCCUUCAUCAAAGUAACAUGUACAUGCAUUUGAGCUUCCUUAUAAACCCGCGAUACAUCAGAUAAAGUUGUGCGCAAUAAUAACAACCAGAAAAAACAAAUAUAGCGAUACCACACACGUGGCGCACAGUGCAGAAAUGAAUCGUUCGUUUACUCAAUAUUACAAUGUAAACCACUUGAAAUCAACAAUGAAUAAAAAAAUAAUGCAAUAAAAAGAAACAUGCGAGAUAAUAAGGCACCGCGCGAUAAUACAUUCAGGGUGCGGGUGAAGCGCACUUCUCAUGAGCAGUAGCCGUCAUAGCGAGCAAGAUGAAUAACCAGGGCAUUUAUUGGCAUGCAUACGAGGGAAUACAGUGUUGUGUACAGACUACGGACAUUAUGCGACACAGAAUUGACGCAACAGCGAAAAAAAGACAAUAAUAAUAGAGGGUUCUUCAAAGAAAGCUGCGUCUCAUGGCAUACAUAAGGCAUCACUGCUAAUGGCAAGGAUGCUUAGUAGGCACGCUGGUUAGUGUGCCUGUGCUUUCAUUAAUGCCAGAUGACACGGUGUUAAACUUGUAGAUUAGGUAAGACCCGCGGACUUCGCGAUUGUGAUGGGAAUGAAAGCCUGAUUCAAGUAUAGUGGCCCUGAGUUUUUUUAAAAAAUGGCCUGGUAAGCGAUUAUGUCUUGAUAAUGGUAGGUUAGGAAGUGUAUUAGCAUGCGAUCUGUGGUUAUUAAAGCAUAUUUGAAAUGAG